AUGGACAACAACAAGGAGAACCAGGAGCAGGCGGAGGACGCCCCCACGGACAUCCCCAGCGUUGCCUCGCCGCGGAUCAGCUCGGUGGGGGCAUCAGAGGACCCUGCGGGCUCCAGCCGGCAGCCUGAGCAGUUCCACGAUCCCCAGGCCUAUGAACUGACCAGCGGGCACGACCACCUGCACUGGGGCGGCGUGGGGCGGCGUGUGGGGCAGCAGCCUCACGACACCCGCAGCAUCGCGUCCAGCGCCGCCACACGCGACGACAAGAGCAUCUACGAGGAGCCAGGGGCGCUGGAUGCCACCGAAGAGGGAGAGGAACGCAUCGAUGACGACGAGCACGAUGGCAGCGCGGGCGAGCCGGAGAUGGCAACCCUGACGCAGGUGCAGGCGCACCUGCCGGGCGUGCAGCUGCACGCAGAGGGUAGCAACGUGGACAGCGCCUUCACAGGUCUCUCUGCGGGCGGCAGCCUGGCAGAGGUGGUGGACCAGCUGGCAGACCAGGCCGUGGCGGGGGAGCUGAGCCCGCGGCAGGCGGCCGCCGCCAUCCGCAGCGCCACGCACGACGCCGGCGGCGGCGGCGGCGGCAGCAGCGUGGCCGGCGUCGCGGGCGGCAGCGCCGGCCUGCCCGACGGCCUGGCCAUGGAUGGCAGCGACAGCGUGAGCGUGUCGGGAGCCGCGCACUCCUCCAUCGCGCCCUCAGAAGACAACUGGCAGGCCGCUGGCGGCGGCGGCGGCGCGGGCAGCGCGGCAGACGCCUCGGAGGCGGCGCCAGAACCGGCCAUGGCCGAGGUGGCUGCAGAGCCAGCGCAGCCAGUGCCAGCCGAGCAGGGUGGGAAGCAGGAGGCGGCUGCUGUGCUGCCUGCCGCAGAGGCACAGGCGCAGGGUGCAGCGGGCGGCGACGAGGAGGCGGCGGCAGCUGUGCUCCACUCUCCAGCAGACCCCGAGCUGCCUGCAGGCGCCAAGGCGGCAGCGGUGGCGGCAGAGGCGGAGGCGGCAGCAGGUGCCUCUACCGGGGCGGCGGCCGAUGCACCCCCCGCGCCAGCGCCGGGCGCGCCACAGGCUCAUCAGGGCAGCGCCAGCUUGCCUGCCGCCAACGGCACGGCGGCCGCGGCCGCUGCCUCCGCUGCUGCUGCUUCUGCCGCUGCUGCUGGCGCGGAGACGUCCGCGGCUGUGCCGCGCAGCCCCUCCACCUACCACUCCCGCUUCAUGCAGCAGCUGACCGCAUCCGCCAGCGAGGACGACAUCACGGUCUAUGCUGCUGACUCAGCCACCGGCGCCCAGCGGGACGCGGCGCAGCCGCCCCCCCUCGACCAGCAGCAGCAGCAGCAGCAGCAGCAGCAGCAGCAGCAGCAGGCGGGGGCAGCGGCCGCCCCCACGGCGCCUGCCGGCAUGCAGCCCCUGUCCAUCGCCGGCGGUGGCGGCGACAAGGGCACGGCUGACGCGGCGGCGGCGCUGGCCGCUAUCAACGCCUCGGGCAGCAGCGCGGCGGCGGCGGCUGCCAGCGAGGCGCCGCCCCAGCCGGGCCUGCUCUUCCCUCAGUCUUGGUACCAGACGUUCAAGGGCCUGCUGUACAUGGAUGGCGUGGAUGCCCUGGGGCGGCCGGUGGUGGUGCUCAACGCAGACGCGGUGCCCGCCAACAUGAAGAGCAGCGCGCUGAUCUACGUCAAGGCGCACCUGGAGCCGCUGGUCAACCAGGGCGACUAUGUGCUGGUGUUCACGUCGCGCGGCGCGGCCAGGCUGCCCAGCAUGUGGAUCAUGGGAGCGUACCGCACCCUGCCCCGCCCCUUCCGCAAGCACGUGCAGUACAUCGUGCUGGUGCGGCCCUCGGCCUUCCUGCGCACCGUGCUGGCCUUCAUGCGCCCGUUCGUCAGCAAGAAGGCGGGGCGCAAGAUCAAGCAGGUGCAGAGCGUGCACGAGAUUGCAGAGGCCACGGGGGGCGAGGUGACGGUGCAGUCGCUGGGGCCAGCCUUUGUGGCGGAGCAGCUGGAGGCGGAGGCGGCAGAGGGGGGCGCCGCCGGCGACGCGUCGCCCUGA